AGACCUGGCAACUCCGCGAGGAAGGAAGCGGAAAUCAGCCCUGUGCUAGCAGCUAGCUCCAGGCUCCUCGGACUGGGUGUAAAAAGCGACGCUACUCGAACUGUCGGUUUGGUCGCCUCUCAGGAGAGGAACCCGGGGAGAGCACAGUUUCACGACUGCGUCUUGUUUCUCACCGUGGAACCUUCUGGACGGAAUCUCUCAAGCGGUGCUGAACUCUGACCUGUAUGUGAGGUCCAAGUCCUUAAAAGAACAGGAGGAGAGACUUGGAGAAAAGCAUUUGACCACAGAAGCCUACGUUACACAGUUCCAUCAUAGAAACUCGACUAGCCAAGUCGAUUUCCAACACCACGCAGCGACCAUGGAGGCCAUCGCCAAAUACGACUUUAAAGCUACAGCUGAUGAUGAGCUUAGUUUCAAACGUGGAGAAGUCCUGAAGGUGUUAAAUGAAGAGUGUGAUCAGAACUGGUACAAAGCAGAACUAAAUGGAAAAGAUGGAUUCAUUCCUAAGAAUUACAUAGAGAUGAAAGCCCAUCCGUGGUUCUUUGGAAAGAUUCCUCGGGCCAAAGCGGAGGAGAUGCUAAACAAACAGAGGCACGAUGGGGCGUUCCUCAUCAGAGAGAGCGAGAGUGCACCAGGGGACUUCUCCCUCUCUGUGAAGUUUGGAAAUGACGUCCAGCAUUUCAAAGUUCUUCGUGACGGAGCUGGGAAGUAUUUCCUUUGGGUAGUGAAGUUCAACUCCCUCAACGAGUUGGUGGAUUACCAUCGCACCACCUCUGUGUCUCGUAAUCAGCAGAUAUUUUUGCGAGACAUAGAGCAGGUCACCCAGCACCCCACAUACGUCCAAGCGCUCUUCGACUUUGACCCCCAAGAGGAAGGCGAGCUGGGCUUCAGACGUGGCGACUUUAUUCAGGUCCUGGACAACUCUGACCCCAACUGGUGGAAAGGAGGCUGUCACGGCCAAACGGGCAUGUUCCCCCGCAACUACGUCACCCCGGUCAAUCGGAACAUGUAAAACAGUCAGACCGUGUAAACAACAGCAACCAUCCCCCUCCACCAUAACCAUCAUUGUUCUCGAUCGCAUCAUCCCCGCCAUCCAACCCUCAACCGCCCCCUCCACCUCUCCUGGCCAUCCCACAGUGACAGGAAGAACGCAAAUAACUGAGAGAAAACGGGAGUCGAGCUGUUGUAGGCGUAGCUACGUGGGCAGCAUCAACUUUCAUUCGUGCUGAGAACGUUCACUUUCCUGCUGAACGCCUCAGCGAGGACUGAACUGUCUGAGGGAAAUAAAAAAAAA